AUGGAGGAGGUCCGGAUCUCGGAUUGGCCGGAACCUCCUGGCUCUCAUGCAUGGCUGCCCGCUUAUGGCUUCCAGCAUGAAUUGUUGGAGAAAGACGAUUAUUUCGCCACCGGUGAGUGUCGCUUUGGCAAUGCAUUCUUUGUGACUGUGUGUUGUGUUGAUUGCAAGGGAGCAGUUUUAACUGAGUCAGUGACUUAUUUGACAUUAAAGCGCAAAUAA